AUGCCAGUUGAUUUUUUAACAAGUGUGUUCUUUGAUGGUCCUGAAAUAAUACCAUAUUGGGACGAAAUUAAACAUUAUGGUCCAACUGUUAUACCUAUAAUUUCAACAAUUGCCGGUUUAAAAUAUUAUUUUCGUGGUUCAACAAAUAUUUGGGAACGUGAUUUACAUGGUAAAGUUUAUAUUAUAACUGGUGGUACAUCAGGAAUUGGUCAACAAAUAGUUAAUGAAUUAGGUCAUAGAGGUGCUCAAUUAAUUUUAUUGGCUAGAAAUACCAAUGAUUUAUGGUUAGCUGAAUAUAUUGAAGAUUUAAGAGAUGGAUUAAACAAUAAUUUAAUUUAUGCCGAACAAUGUAAUUUAUCAUCAUUAUAUAGUAUUAGAAAAUUUGCUACUAAAUGGUUAGAUAAUCAACCUCCAAGAAGAUUAGAUGGUGUUAUAUGUUGUGCUGCUGAAUGUAUACCAAGAGGUAAACAAAGAGUAAAUACAGUUGAUGGUGUUGAAUCACACAUUGCAAUAAAUUACUUAGCAAAUUAUCAUUUAUUAACAUUAUUAGAACCUAGUUUAAAAGUACAACCACCAGAUAGAGAUGUAAGAGUAUUAAUAGCAACUUGUUCAUCAAUAAAUCUAUCAGAUAAAAUUGAUUCUGAUUUAUUAUGGGAAAAGAAACAAUAUCCGAGUCAACAACCAUGGAAAAUUUAUGGAUAUUCGAAAUUAUUGGUUGGUUUAUUUGCUAAAGAGUUUCAAAAUAGACUAGAUCAAUAUGAAAGAAAGGAUAAAUCUCCAUGUAAUAUAAGAGUUAAUUUAGUUAAUCCUGGAUUAGUUAGAACCCCAUCAACAAGAAGAUUUAUAUCAAUGGGAUCAAUAUUGGGUUUAUUUUUAUAUUUAUUAUUUUUUCCAAUUUGGUGGUUAUUUCUUAAAUCUGUUUUUCAAGGUGCUCAAUCAUUUUAUUUUGGAAUUAUGGCUCCAAUUAUAAUGAAAAUUGAAGGAGGUCAAAUUAUACAAGAAUGUAAAAUACAAACAAAAGUAAGAAAAGAAUUUGAUGAUGCUGUAUUACAAAAAGAAGUAUUUGAUAAAACUGAAAAAUUAAUUGCCGAAAUAGAAAAGAAAUCAGCAAUAAAUAGAAAAAAAAUUGAAUUACAGACCAAAACAAAAGAGGAAUUAAUAAAAGAAGAACAAAGAAAGAAGAAUCUUAAUGUUAAACCUGAAACAAAUGAAGAAUUGGAAUAUAAAUUACAAUAA